AGCCUUGGUGGAACGUGUCCUUGAGGACGUGUGAAGCUGGAGUCAGGACACAUCUGUCUCCGCUCUUUCCAUGUCUGCUUUGCUUUUAUUUUUGCAGCACCAUCUCAAACUUAGCAGCUCAGCAGCUGUGCGUGUCUUGAAGCCCGGUCCAAAGGCAUUCAGCCUCAGACAAGUCGAACCAAACGUGCUUUUUUUCUCCAAACCUUUCCUGCUCAUCUCUCCUAUUCAGCGCCCACUGGCGAUCCGAGCCUGUGACUAAAGCGCCAUCUCGCCGGCUGCUCGCUCCAGGCUGCGUCUAUUCACUGCGAGCCACCUCUGGAUUUAAAGCGCACGGCGCCGGACGACGCUCUGCGGGGAUCGGCGAUUACACGGAGAUCCGAGCGUGCAUCGGCGGCGUGCGUUGUCUGGGCACCGACGGGCUGCAGACCCUUCGGAGCCCCCGGGCGAACGGCCAGCCUGCCUCUCGCCCACCAUGGGCGGCAGUGAGAGCAGCGUGCAGGACGGGGAGCGCGCAGACUGGUGAGGAGGAGAAAGGGAAACCGCUGAUGCUGGAGCGGCGCUGCAACGAAUAUCUGACCUCGACCCCGUCGGACGGUGGGAAGCUGGUUGUUGGCGUGGAGAUGUCGCGAUUUCCUCUCGUGCCGUCUCCUCUUCUAACGCACAUGCUGCCGAGGCUCAUGGUGAUGAUGAUGACGGUUGCGUAGGAGUGUUUUAUUUUGCGGACAGCGUUGCUGGUCUCUCUUGUCUGUACUGUUCAAACAACUCCAGACAAGCGGCGGAGGGGACCGUGUUUUGCCUGAUUUGAACGCAUUCGGUAAUAGUCCACAACUAUCGCUUUCAUUUUUUUUCGUGCGUUUUUGCAGUUGGUGUUUCUUUUUUUUGAAUGGGUCUGGAACUGGAUAGAACGCAUUUUACAAGAAUGUGUCCGGAAAACUAGAAGCAGAAUAAUAACGUAGGCAUUUGUCAGAUUGGCUGCGAAUGUCUGUUUUUAAUGAAUAAACGAAACGCGUCUGGCAUUUUGACUGAAGUCGAGCGCCUUCUCCGCUUCCACAGCAGGUUCUGCUGAUCGCUUACUGGGAACCUUUCGUUGGACAUUUUUUUGCUAUUUACUGACUCAAACCAACAGAGGUCGGAAACUAAGCUCCAAGGGGCACCCACUGCACUAGAUGUGACCCGCUGAAUCCCCCUGUCUCUGAAGGGUGUUGAUGGAGAGCCAUUCGAAUGACAGCCGGGACAGUGGUCAUCACUGGUGGAAUUCUAGCUACUGUUAUAUUACUCCUUAUUAUUGCAGUACUGUGCUACUGUAGGCUGCAGUACUAUUGCUGUAAGAAGGAAGAGUCGGAGUCGGAGGAGGAGGAGCCAGACUUUGCCGUCACCUCCCGCCUCCCGCCGGUCCACUCCAACCACAACAUUGUGGCGGCAACAGCCGCCGCCUCCUCCAUCCCCAAUGGCCCCGCCCUGUUCUCCACCCCUCCGCUGGCCAGGAAACUGACCCGCUCGCAGACCUUCUGUCCGUCCUGCACGCACUAUGAGCUGCCUUUCUACCUCCAGCCCCCUCAGCCGCAGAUCCACCACCAGCCGGAUGGGCUGAGGAAUGGAGGGGACCGGAUCAGCUACCGCAGCAUCCAGCAGCAGGACCUGGAGCUGCCGGUGCCGGUGAACAUUUCAAACUACCGCAAACCGAACCUCGCCCGCUCGGUCACCAUGAGGGACAUGUUCACACGCAGCUGCAGCAUCAGCACUGAUGUUUAGCUGUGGGACGCCGGAACACUGGAAAUGAAGUAGGCUGGACUGGCCUCCAUUCAAACUUUGUCUUUUCGUUUAGUCUAGUCUCAUAUAGUCUCAUGGGCACCUCUUGUAGAAUGCGGGACUCAGACAGCUCUCAGGACAGGUUCUAUGCUCAGGUCCAGGACCUGACACUUGGGCCAAUAUAAAGUAAAUUUACAUUUUUUUGUUUGCUUUGUUGACAUUUUUUUAUCAAUGACAAUAGAAUUCAUACAAUGUGACGUACACAUGUGUAGCCCUGCUUCCUCUGAACUCAUCUGAUCACAGACUGAAGGGCGGACAGAGUCCCACCAUGUCAACAUGAUCGGCGAUGCUGCUGCUAUAAAGGCCAGUGUUUACCUUCCCUAAGAUGAGGUGAUCUCCUCACACCUCCACCCACAUUACAAAGACGUUAGGAUAUUAUCAGCCACCACAGGAGACUUGAGGAGGAUAGAUGAUGUCACGUUCCCGCUGCCACCCACAGGCAUUUAAGAUAGAUGUAACUUAGGCCAUACUAUUUAUAUCAAGGGCUCACAGAAGACGUAAACCCCUGCUCGUUUCCACAUCCUGUUAUAGAGGUUGAUGGGAGGCUGCUUUCUCUGCGCAUCCACUGACAUCACUAAGUGUCCAGUAUUCUACACCUGCCCAUAGAGAGACCUCUGUGUUCUCGCAGGCAGGGUGAAUUAUGUGCCAAAGGGGGACUGGGUUCUAAUACUCGUGUGCAUGUGUGUGUGUGUGUGUGUGUGUGUGUGUGUGUGUGUGUGUGUGUGUGUGUGUGUGUGUGUGUGUGGAUUGUUACACUGGAAUUCUGAUUCCAUUCAAUUACACCUAAUUUGUGGUCCCAGUGUGUUUUGAACCCAGUGGUGGGUUGCAAUAAUAUUUUAAACAUUUAUUGUAAAGGGCGAAGGAACUGUAUAUAAGUUUCUAGGCACCACUUUAGGUUGUUAAUGCAAUGAAUGACCCAAACAGGAAUAUUGAUUUAUUUGAAUGAUUAAGGAUUAAGACGCAAUGCAGGUGGUGCUUGAACAUGGGCUGAUCUUCAGUGUGGUUCCGGUUCAUGGACUCCUCACUGCAUUCCUUGUGUUAUUCCUUGUUAAUGUGUGGAUCCAUGGGCUGAAGAUUAUUUCACCUUUAAAGGCACAUCUAUAAAUAGUUGACAGGCCAUAUACUGAUCUACUGCACUUGUUCUGCUCUCGACUCGCCGGACUGAGGAAUACUUGCUCUCGCGCUGAUGUACUCUGAUGCAAUCAGAGAGCUCCAUCUUGGAACUGUUGUUCUUUUCCGUACUUGGCUCACUGGCCUGGCUGGAGGGCCGAUAUGUGUGGAAGGAGGAGCGGCGCCAGACACGCAGAUUUAAUGAAUGAAAUCAUUUACUAGGAGGUGCGCGAGGGCUUGAAGCUGAUUGGAUUGCCCUCCAUGGACACCACCCCUCCUGUCACCGUGUAUGGUAAACGCUGUCGUGCCCCCGUUCUCGCUCUCUCGCUCUCUCUUCCUGUCUACCUGUUGAUUUUAUCAGACACCAUGCUCUUGAUUUUCCCGAAGGGUGAAACAGUGAGUGAAGUUUUAUCUCUUGUGACAUGUGCUUUCCUGCAAAUACGCCACUACACGAUACAUACGCGCAGACAGAUCACACACAACAAACACAGGUUCUCAGUGCUAUGCUUUCCUUGUUUUUGAAACUGAAACUAUGUGACAGUUGCACAGGAAUUUAGUGCCAUAAAUAAUUAUAUGAGAAAGAAGUUAUUAUUAUUAUUAUUAUUAUUAUUAUUAUUAUUAUUAUUAUUAUUAUUAUUAUUAUUAUUAUUGCAGGUGUAUAUUCAAAUGCAGUGUUGCUUUUACCUUAAAGUAUUUGAAUUACUUGCUUCAUUUUAUGAUCCCGCUGUUUUUUUUUUCAGACUCAGUACAGUACAGCAAAAAAUGUUUAUUUCCGUGUUUCUAAUGUAUAACAGACACAUUGUUGCUAAUAAAAUUGUGUGAAAAUCC